AUGGUACAGUUUGGACGCCGUUUAGUGGAAGAACGGUACCCGGAAUGGCGAGAGUUUUACAUUCGGUACAAGGAGUUGAAGAACGCUUUGUACGCGGAAAGAGAAGACAUCGAGGGAGGCGAGAAGAGCGGGUUGUUCGUGAAGACGUUACAGGCGGAAAUUAUGAAGGCGAACGACUUCUACGUCAAAACCGAAACGAGACUUCGGGGGCAGUUGGAUAUCCUCGAAGAGGAGAUAAAGCACGAAAAAACCGACGUCGAGCGGUUCAAGUCGGCGAAGAAGCAAAUCGUGAAACACUUCGCGCCGGAGUUGAGCGAAUUGAGAUCGUUUGUUAUUUUGAAUUACACCGCGGUGGUGAAAGCGGUGAAGAAGUAUAAUAAGAAUUGUAACAAAAGAGAGAACGCGGUGGAGAUUAUCCGCGACGUGCCGAUGUUCGUGGAUACGUCGUUGGCGGAGGUGGUGACGAGGACAGAGCUGUUAGCUGCGAGGGCGGCACCUGCGGAGGCGAGACAGAUUGAGGAUAGGAUUUGUUCGGUGUGCGAUGACGUGAUGACGAACCCGGUGAGGUUAGCGUGUAGGCAUCGGUUUUGUUUUAAGUGCGUCGUUUCGUCAGACGCGAGACAGCCGGAGUCGUUCAAUCACGGGUUGACGACGAAAGAGUCCUCGAAUACGUUGAGUGCGUUAACGAGCGCGUAUAAAGCGACACAAAGAGUGUGCUUUGUGCCGGAUGCAUGUCCGUUAUGUAAGGCGAGAAACGCGAAGAAGGCGAAUUUGAUUAAUGUCGAUUCGUAUUUGGAUGAUUUCAUAGCGAUGAAUUUCCCGGACGAGGAAGACGGGUCGCCAUAUGCUACGAUUGUUGAUGAAGUGAUGCAAAAAAGUACUGGUGAUGGUAAUACAAAUCCAGCAGAAAGCCUUGUUGCGGCGGUUGCGGUGGGAAAUUUGACGGCGCAAACAACAUCAACAGCGAAUCAUAAUUCUCUUUCCUCGGAUGAAGAGUCGAAGAGAAACUCGGUCGACUACUCUGAACUCGCACCAAAUCGAUGCUCUAUGAGCGACGAAGGAGGUGAUACUUUGAUAGUAGAAAUGCCGACAACAAUGUCGACUUCUCCGCAGCAGAAACCGUUCGUAGCGCGCUCGAGUCCGAACAGAAAAGCAGGUCUUCACCGUCGCGUGGAUUCGUGGGAAUCCGAUCGUUUCAAGUUGGAAAGGGAGUCCAUUUCAGGGUCUUUGUCUAAUGGAAUUGGUCGACCAUCAUCGCGCUUGAAUAAACACAACAACAGCAACAAUAGCAACAACACCGGUCACCAUAGGCAUCAUCGGCAUCACCCCGAUUCCGAUAGCGCACAGAUGCCGAAGAAAAAGAAGCUACUGCGUAAAGUGCUAGUGAUUGCCAUCGCGGGAUGUCGCUCCGACGCGAUGAUGAUUGCAAAUACUCCGACGUUCAAAUCAUUUAUUCGUGGAAAUAAAAAUGGAUGCUUUUCGCUUGAUAUGACUGUUUCCGCAAUGCGCGCGUCCAAGUCGCCAUCGUCUGCAAUGUUACCUGCUUUGACUGGUCAAUCCGUUUCGGUUUUGAAGGAUAUUGUUGAAGAUCAUGACGCCACGUUAACAGGCGUAUUCGCGCGAUUACAUCUCGCGCGUCCGUGGGCAAACUGUGCUUCCGCCGUUGGCGGCGCGAAGGAUUUGCACAAAAUCAUAGCGAAAGAAGCCAUCGCGCUCGUGUCGGUAGGCGCGACGGAUUCGGAAGCGACGAGAGCGAUCAUUCAGCAACUCGCAGUCCCGGAAAAGGCGCUCGACGAUGGUAAAGACGAAACGACUCCGGAUGCAUUAUUUCUGCACAUGGCAGACGUUCAAACUGCAGGACACGUGCACGGUUUCGGCCCACACGUAGAAGAAUAUCUUCACGCGAUUGAGAACGCGGAUAAACGCGUCUCGGCUGUCCUCGAGGCUUUGCGAAAGCGUCAAGAGACGAUAAAAAACGAAGAUUGGCUCGUCAUGGUUACGUCGCCAUCUGGAGGCACGUGUCGAAACGAUAUGCCAGCAUCGAUGCAGGCUAUGCACGAUGCGAGCGAUUGGAGUCAAGGUGGCGGGAGACAGUUACGUGCGAAUGGCGUUUCCGGAAUGCAAGAAGUCUCUCAACACGCCAGUGGAUGGGUUUUGAUCGAAUCUGGCAUCGAGUGCAAGUUGACUGGGGAGAUCUUACCGUCUCCGCAAGAUACGGAUAUUUCACCAACUAUUCUUGAACACUUUGGUGUCGUCUCUCGUAAAGAGUGGAAAAUGGACGGAGGAGAUAUGUUGAACAUUCGUCGCGCCGAGUUUAUCACGAAUAUGAUGCGAGACUCGGAGCAACUCUCGGAGAACGGCGACGAGCCUGAUGAGGAUUUUGGUGCUCGGCACCCACGAGCGCGCUCUAGGACGACUCCAGGCCACGGACAUCACGGCAGCAACAAAUCGAAAUCACGCUCGAGAACUCAAUCGCCAAAACCGUUCGUGGAGAAUAUCCCCGGUUUAUAUGAUCCAAUUGGUUGCGCAGUGAUUGGACAUCGCGGCGUCGCCAUGAAUCACGCUUCUGGUCCUGGUAUUCGUGAAAACACACUUUUGAGUUUCACGCAAGCUCACAAAGACGGUGCGGAAUGGUGCGAAUUUGACGUGCAAGUAACUUCGGAUGGUGUCCCUGUGGUCUGGCACGAUGACGUUGUGCUGGUAAAACGCGGGGACGGACCGAUUGAUUCCUUUUCCGUGCGCGAAAUCGAAUGGGCGGAUCUCAAAGAACUUUCCAUGGCGGCAAAGAUUACCUCCGAGCGCCUGACAGGAAAAUUGCCAAUGCCCAGACCCAGGAAAAAAAGCGCGGAGUUGGAAGACGACGAGUCAUACGACGAGUUAGAUGACGACGAAGAUGACGACGAGGAUGAUUUAGAUCCAGUUGUCUUUUACAGAGUCUUUGAUCACGAGCAUUCCAUCGACGACAUUUCCAAAUCGUUACCGUGGAUCAUGGAAGACGAGGACGUUAUACCAACGUUAUCGGAAGUGCUUGCGAAUACUCCCGAAGAACUUGGAUUUAACAUUGAGCUGAAGUACGACGAGCACAACUCGUGUGAGGCUCCGAGACUCGUAGCCGAGCUACGGUCCAUUCUUGCGGCGUGUUCCGAGCAUAACGAUAGACGCAUCGUGUUUUCGUCGUUCGAUCCAGAUGCGGCUACACUCAUGCGCGCCUUACAAGGUACGUAUCCAGUGAUGAUUUUAACGGACGGCGAAGAAAAUCACGACGAUCCACGGCGACGCUCUGUGGAAGCGGCGAUGAAGGUUGCUUUGAAAGGAGGCUUGUGCGGCGUCGUUGCUGAUGUAGCCAGACUCGUUGAAAACCCAAAAUCUGCCGAAUUGGUGAAAGAUUCUGGAUUGUUGCUCGCAUCUUACGGUUCCGCGAACGACGAAUCGUUAGUAGGUCGCCAAGUGGAAUGGGGCGCGAGUGGUAUCAUAACCGACCGCGUCGGUGGUGUGUACGGCGAAAGAAACGACGAGAAGACUCGCAACUUGACGAGACGACAACCAAAGUUCAAACCGUCUGAGACGAUACUCGACGAGAAAGAUGAUGUUGUUGCGACGUUCCUACCAAAACAUGGAUCCUCGCAAACGUUCCAAGGCGUCCCAACUAUCAUCGAAGAAGACCAAGAUGGCUUAAAGCGUAUCCACUCCACCUUAAACGCCGCCUCAGCCGCAGAAAUGCUCCAGAAACUCGAGCUCGAUACCGUCAUGCUCUCUGAGUGGUACAAACUUUCCGACGACCAAGGCAGAAAGAACUUUGAAAACUCGAAUGCGAGUAAACGCGACAGCAUGGAUGACUUUUCUGAUUUGAGCACUCAAGAUGCUAUCAAGGGAAGGCAACAACGCCACCGUUUCCGCGGCGACGACGGUCAAACCAUGCACGCGCCUCGAAAGUCUGUCAGCGAUCAAGACAUUAACGUUCGAGUGUACUCCCCGAGUCGAUCGCCUGAACCUCAACUGCCACCAACUACCAACUCAGACGGUUCUACCGCUUACAACACGGAGAAUUUCGAAAGCUACCUCGUCGGCGUUUCGUACACCGAAGCGCAAGAGAAGAAAAGAAAAGAGAAAGAAAGAUGGAGUCAAUACCCUCAGUACACGAAAAAGGGUGUCGGAAAGAACGGCACGAGAUACCAAAACGGAGAUAAAUCGAAAGAGGAAACGACGAAGGUGUUGACUGGAUUUCAACCGGCGAAUAAAAUAGUUCCGAGAGUUGUUUGA